GUGAACUGGUCCAGCAUCCCUGCACAGGCAAUGGGGCAAAUAUAGAUGUAAAAAAAAAUGUAUAUCAAUUGAAAAUAUGUAAUCGUGGAAUACUUCUUUGGCACUGGCAGCUUGCGAUGAGGGAAAGGGGAAAAUGGCAGAUUGGAAUUUGUGUUGCACCUCUGUGGAGAAUGGAGAUAUGUAUUGAGAGAAAUAAUGCGGAAUAUUUCCCCUCGUAGGUGUUAACGCAGAAAAUACAAGAUGAAGAAGCAAUUCAAUCGGAUGCGACAGCUCGCCAACCAAACGGUGGGAAGGGCAGAAAAAACAGAGGUGCUGAAUGAAGACCUCUUACAGGUGGAAAAGCGUCUGGAUCUGGUCAAGCAGGUGACACACAGUACUCACAAGAAGCUGACUGCCUGCCUGCAGGGUCAGCAGGGGACUGAUAUGGAGAAGAGAUCUGUAAAGUCACCUUCUAAAAAAUUACCACUUACUAUCCUGGCACAAUGCAUGGAAGAAGGGGCUGCAGUGUUGGGGGAAGACUCUCUCCUAGGAAAGAUGCUGAAACUGUGUGGAGAGACGGAGGAGAAGCUGGCCCAGGAACUCAUUCAGUUUGAGUACCAGAUAGAGAGAGAUGUGGUGGAGCCUCUUUAUGUCCUUGCUGAGGUGGACAUUCCCAACAUCCAGAAACAGAGGAAGCACUUAGCUAAACUUGUCUUGGACAUGGACUCAGCACGAACAAGAUAUCAACAGUCAUCUAAGUCAUCCAGUCACCCAAGCACUCUGCAGCCCGGCGCCAAGUCUGAGUCCCUAAGAGAGGAAAUGGAGGAGACAGCCAAUCGGAUGGAGAUUUGUAGAGAUCAGUUGUCAGCAGAUAUGUACAAUUUCGUGGCCAAAGAAAUAGACUAUGCAAACUACUUCCAGACACUUAUAGAAACACAGGCAGAAUAUCACAGGAAGUCAUUAGAGAUUCUUCAUAGUGUCCUACCCCAGAUUAAAGCUCACCAAGAGGCGUGGGUGGAGAAGCCAUCAUUUGGCAAGUCUCUGGAGGAACACCUGAGUAUAAGUGGGAGAGAGAUUGCCUUCCCCAUCGAAGCCUGUGUCACCAUGUUGCUAGAGUGCGGCAUGCAAGAGGAGGGCCUCUUUAGAGUGGCUCCCUCAGCCUCCAAGCUGAAGAAGCUGAAAGCCUCUCUGGAUUGUGGAGUUCUUGAUGUGCAGGAAUACUCCUCCGAUCCACACGCCAUCGCAGGGGCCCUGAAAUCAUAUCUCCGUGAGCUCCCAGAGCCAUUGAUGACCACUGAACUUUACGAUGAAUGGAUUCAAGCCUCUAACAUUCAAGACAUGGACAAGAGACUACAAGCACUAAUGGCGACAUGUGAAAAACUCCCCACAGACAACUUAAACAAUUUCAGAUAUCUGAUCAAAUUCUUAGCCAAGCUGAGUGAGUAUCAGGAUGCAAACAAGAUGACUCCUGGUAACAUGGCUAUUGUCCUUGGACCAAACUUGCUCUGGACACUCAAUGAACCGAACAUGACAGAGAUGAUGACCACCGUGUCGCUGCAGAUUGUUGGCAUCAUUGAGCCCAUCAUCCAGCAUGCUGACUGGUUCUUCCCUGGAGAGAUUGAGUUCAACUUGACAGGCAGCUACGGAAGCCCGAUCCACACCAACCACAACUCCAACUACAGCUCUAUGCCCUCACCAGACAUGGACCAAUCCGAUCGCAAGCAGCAGCACGAUCAGAGCCGCCGCCCACUGAGUGUCGCCACUGACAACAUGAUGCUGGAGUUUUACAAGAAAGAUGGCAUUAGGAAGAUACAAAGUAUGGGCGUCAGGGUUAUGGAUACCUCCUGGGUGUCUCGUAAGGGUUCGUCCACGCUGGCACGCAAGGCUUCCUCCACUCCUCCAGGCAUGCAAGGCCCCGGCUCUCCCGGAGACGUCCUCAUCCCCGAGCAGCCCGGAGAACUCGUCAUCUCUCCCUCUGCCACUCCUCCACUUGGAGAAAGGGUCUGCUCAGACAACGUGUCGCCCAAUCGGCCGGACACCUCUCAUGCCCACCCGCCCCCAGGGGAUGACCGUCCACCCCCCCCUUACCCCAUUUCUAUGUGCCAUACCACACCCCACCACUUCUAUCCCAAACCCCCACCCUGCGCUCGCCCUGUGGCACCAGGUCCAGAGUCCCAGCCCCCUGGCUCACCCCCACCCCCGGUGCGCUGGUCUGGCUUCACCCCCCCUGCCCCACCCCCUUCCUCCUCUUCUUCCUCCUCCUCCUCUUCACUUGACAUCAAUUCGAACCCCAAACCUAGCUGUCUUCACUUCCCCAAACACAGCCCACCUGGUGACAUGUCGCAUGCCCUCAUGCAAGACACUAAUGCUUCGCCACUCUACAUCAAAACCCCCUUGGUACUAACCCGUCAUGACCAGAGCCUUGGCAACCCCCCUAGCCUCCCUUCAUCUGUGCCCCCCGCCCCCGCCGUGGGCUGCCUGUCCAUGUGCCCGAGAGAGAGGACCCCCCAGGCUGACUAGUCAUUGAAGAGUAAAGAGCUUUCCCCUGUAACUGGACACAAAGCCAUCCAGGUUGCAGGUCCAACAGUACCUCCCAGCAGUAGCCCUCAAAGCAGCAGCCAGUCUCCCCACUCCACAGAGCACAGUCCACACACCCUGCGCAAAGGUUCCAAGAAGUUGGCCCCUGUGCCUCCUAAGGUCCCUUACGGCCAGUCUGGAGGGAUGUCUGACCAGUCCACAGGUCAGCCGUCACCAGUCAGCUUGUCUCCUACACCUAGCACCCCUUCCCCUUAUGGAUUGACCUGUCCUUCAGGUCAAGUACCACCGUCCUCCCCUGGGCAGACCCCACUGGGUACACCCCACUCUCUUUCAUCCCCACCUUCCCUGACGGGGACACUCACCAAGUCGAGGCCUGCCCCUAAGCCCAGGCAGAGACCCAGCCUGCCCCCUCCUCAGCCACCCACAGCCCCACCGGGGCUCACAGGCCCACCUGUGGCCCCAGUUCCUCAGCCCAUGGAGCAGGGCCUCCUGGAUGGACUGUCUCCUGGGGAGAGCAUGUCUACAGAUAUCUUCAAUUAUGAAAUCCCCUCCAUCAAUGUCAAUCUGGACAGCCUCAUCGAUGAGUUCAGCGGUGCCCCCUGCAGGAGGUCCAUGGCAGUGACAGAUCCAGAGGGGGAUGCUGUGCCUGAGGAGGAGCCCCAGAGUACCACUCUAUGACCUAUCACCCUUAGGCAUCAUUUACCAGCACCCCUAUGGUUGUACAUAGUCUUAACUGUCUCCGCCAAGGUCCGAUGGAAACUGGCCUCACCAGUGCCAACCAGAAAAUGAACCCUCUCUCACAUCUGCUACAGGCUGCAAAGAAACUCAACUUUUCCAACUGCUUGCUAGUAAAUCAAUGUGACUGCUACUACAAAAAAAUUAAAAAUAAAAAAAAAAAAAAAACACCAAAAUGCCAUAGUGGAGGAACAGUUGCCUUUAGGAGGAAAGACUGGAAAAUAGAUGAGUAUUGCAUUAAAAGAUUUUAUUUCUUUUUAUAGCUUUGCUUUGUUGUUAAUGCAGUGGUCUGUAUUUUGUGUUUUCAAAUUUAUUUUUGCCUUAUUAGAACAUGCAAUCAAAUUGCAAUAUGAUAUUUGCAAGUUGUACAACAUUUGGUUAGGGGAAACUCAGAGACUGAAACGGUUAGGAGCAAAGCCCAUCCUCAGGGUGAAAUAGAAACACGGAGUGAGAGCGUAGUCUGGUUAUAUUGCUCACAGGGUAUUCAAGCUUUGUGCACAUUAGGAAUAUGCUGAGCCCUAGAGACAGGCUUUGCAUGCCAGAGAAAACAUUUAAUGUUUUUUCUUAGUGUCACUCCCCAUCUUUACUUCCCCUCUUCUGUCACAAUUGCCGUUUUCUGUCUGAAACUUACCUUUAGGUGAACUCACUUUAACUCACUUUAUACCAGCACAGUAUGAGAAGAAUGUUAUUGUAAUUCAAGUUUUUGUACUUGCAUCCCUUAUUUAUUUAGGAAGAAAGCACCACGAUGUGUUUGCAUGACAAGCCAAUAUGAGCGACCUGCUUCUGAUCAAGGGCCUGAGAAUGGCAGUGCUUUAUUUUGUGCGAGUGUUACUGUUGUUGUUCACACUGAAAAGUAACCCAGGACCCCCCACCCCUGUGCUGUAACAGUUUGAUGAUAUGGAUGGAUGAUACACUGCCUUUAGGUUCGUAUGUCUUUCUCUCUUAACUUUGUUUCAAGUGCUUCAGGUUCAGUGACCUUUUACCCCUUGUGUAAAUACAAAGACUGUACAUAAACUAAUGUAUAUAAGCUGAGAGGAAAAGUAUAUGUAAAGUGCAUAUCUUGAAUAUAUAAUAAUGAUAUAUGUGCUGAUAUCUAUUGUGUAGAAAAUGUAAUGAUUAAAAAUUUGAUGUUAUUUUUGUCCCAACACACAAUGAA